CUUUCCCUUCCUUGUUCAUCAAUGUGAUCAGUUCCAUUGAUGAGACGUGUGAGGUUAUAAACAUGAGUAAUAUUUAUAUACAAGAACCGCCCACGACGGGUAAAGUGGUGAUGAAGACAACAGUUGGCGAUAUAGACCUAGAAUUAUGGACAAAAGAAGCUCCUAAGGCUUGCAAAAAUUUUAUACAGCUUUGCAUGGAGGGCUAUUAUGACAAUACAAUAUUUCACAGAAUCAUAAAAGGCUUUAUAGCACAAGGUGGAGAUCCAACAGGGACAGGGGAAGGUGGGGAGAGUAUAUAUGGACAUCCCUUUAAGGAUGAGUUUCACACACGAUUACGUUUUUGUCGGAGAGGUUUACUUGCUAUGGCCAAUGCUGGUAAAGAUGACAAUGGAUCUCAAUUUUUCUUUACCUUGGGCUCAACACCUGAGUUACAAAAUAAGCAUACUAUAUUUGGUAAAGUUACUGGAGAAACAAUUUACAAUAUGCUCAAGUUAGAAGAUGCACUUGUAGACGAGAAUGACAGACCUCAGUAUCCGCAAAAGAUUUUAAAAACGGAAGUGUUAAGUAAUCCGUUUCCAGAUAUUGUUUCUAGAGUAACACCUGAGAACAAAGAAGACAAGAAGGAAAGCAAGAAAGAUAAAAAGACUGGCGUCAAGAAUUUCAAGCUAUUGUCAUUUGGAGAAGAGGCUGAAGAAGACGAAGAGGAGUCAUCAGUUUUAAAUAGACAAUAUAGCGGCAAAGGAAAAUCAGCACACGAUUGCUUGUCUGAUCCAAAAUUAAGCUCGCAAUCUGUAGUUGAAUCAGUUGAACCACCAAAAAAGAAACUCAAAGAAGAUCGGAGCAGCGAUCAGGAGAGUGGUGAUGAAGCACACGAUCCAGAAGAAUUGGCUCUAUUAGCAAAAGAAAAAGAAGCUGUAAAAGAAAGGAUCAAAAAUAAAUUAAAGGAUUCUAAAAAGACUUCCCAAGUAAAGCCAACAAUUGAAAAUGAGAUAAAAUCUGAAGAGUUAAAUGAAGAUGGAGAAAUCGAGGAAUAUUACUUGGGAAAAGAUCGAGACGAUGAGCGAAAGAAAAAGGCUGAAGCUAUAAGAAAAGAAAUACGCGAUCUAAAGCGAACCGUGCAAAAUGAGAAGAAAGCAAAGGAGGCAGACGAAAAGCUUCAAUCUGAGAAAGAGGAAAAUAAAUCUGAAAUAAUGAAAGAGUACAUAGAAACUCAAGAAAAAUAUAAAGAAGCAAAAGCAAAAUUGCCCAAGAAGGGCAAAACGCGCGAGGAUUUCACGAUGGAACUACUAAACAAAUUCAAGAAUAAACUUCAAAAUGCUAAGGACAAUUCCUCUAAGGAUAAUUCUGAUAAGACAUCGAAGGACAUAGAAGACGAUGAUCCACAGGACGAGUCUUGGAUGACACACGCUCUGCAUUGUGAGGAAAAGGCACCAGUGCUUGCCAAGGAUGCCAGUACGAAGAAUGACGAUUGGUUCGAGAUUUAUGAUCCCCGAAAUCCUUUGAAUAAACGACGAAGAGGAGAGGCAAGCAAAGGCAAUAAUAGCCACUCUUCUAAUUUAACUUUGAGAGAAGGAAGAACAAAAUUUCGCAAUCUUCUGUCCGAAUCUCGAAGCCGAGCACGUCUAUGUCGCGAUCUUCCGAGGAAGAUGCCAACGACGCCUUUGAAAAUAGAUGUACUUGAGGACGGUAUUCGUCCGCGAGAUUGGCAACCGCGAAGAUCAAAUUAUAAAGUGCCUUUGAGAGUGAUGCGAUUAUGUUUGCUGGGGAUGUUUUUACCGUCUGUUCUUGUUGCUGGACCGUUAUACCUGCGAUAUCGUGUGUAUUCCGAACAAUUAUAUGCUUUAACGAUAUCAGAUCAAAGACUGAUUGACGCCAAAAUAUCGACCAUUUGGUGUCAAAGUCAAGUGGUCAAAGUUAAUACCACAUUUAACGCAUAUCUAAUGAGCAAUGAACCAGUAGUCGAAAAAGAAACAGUGCCGAUUUCAAUGACGAGACACCUUGUCAUGGAAGAUGAUAUGAAAGAGUAUUGGGGAUUUUAUCUUCUACGUGGUAGCAGCGUCACCGUUUCAACUUGUGUAAGAUAUCCAGGUGCUUAUUUAACGAUAAUUCGUGGAUUCAAGAAUCUGCAUGAGUGCGCCUUCAUCGGGGAUGAUAGCAGCGAGGAACUCGAGGAGCUUCUCGAAGUCGCCAAGGAAGAAGGUAUUCUUGAUAUGAAGGAGACUACAGAGGCGGCACGUCUUAAAAACAUACAUGAAAAAAUGGGACGAGUAAAUCAGGAUGUACAGUUUCAUCAUAAGGGCAAUGCCUUGCGCUUAAACAUUUCCCAAUCAUCCGAGAGUCAGCUGGGCAGUCACGAAUUGGAUGCUCAAGCGAUGCGAAAUAUACUCACUCAACUCUUGGCCAAGACUAUCGACACGAAAAAGAAGCAGAAAGAGAAUCCACAUCAUCAUUAUGAGGCCGUCUUCAGGGACAUUGAUAAUAUCGAUAAACCAAUGGCAGCAAAUCAUCUUGGGAAUUCAACUGGAAAUCUUUGGCCUCUGCGGAAGUCGAUAAGCAGAUCUGGCGACAAAGAUAAAGAGAUACCUAAAAAUCGUACAAAGUCUGAUCAAUUGUCUUUAAAUAUGACGUUUACCUCUGAGAAAGAACAUGAAAUCAAACGGAAUUCCACAUUUUUCUCCGAUCCAAAAUCUACAAUAUCUAGUACACAAAUGAAGACCAGUACGCCAGAAGAAAUUGCGAAGAAGCAAGAAGAGUCGCCCAAACAGAAUUCGGGAGAGGUGUUUCAAGAGAUCCUGCGGAAGAUCAUUUCCUUAGGUGAUCGUGGCAGAGAAAAGUUGCGUAAAUUGAUGGACGAGAUUGAUGCACGGAGCAAUUCCGAAGGCAUCGCGUUGAAACGGCUGGUAAAUGAAACAAUGAAUGACAAAAAAUUGUCAAAAGAAACCAAGCGAAGAAGAAGAAGAGACCUGGUUCUUUCUUCCCCGCUCCAUGAAUUGUUAACAGUGGAGGAUGAAGACGGCGACGCAGCAUUAGAAGAGGAUACGUUGCAGCCAGACGGUAUCGCGGAGCAUCGAGGCUCCGUGAACGAAGCAACAUUGAACGACAGAAGUAAUUCUGAAUUCUGGAGCUCGUUUAGCAGUUCGGAAGAGCGGUUGCUGGAAUGCAAGGGUCUCAUCCUGAAUUUACCUCUGACACCACAUCCUUAUUGUACACCUAAACACGAAAGUUAUCAUUCUACAGCUUCCUUUGUCAAUACUGUGACAUAUAGAGUACCUUUAAAUGGAUAUUACUUUUUCGUAUUUAAUUCGGAGAAUGAAAUCCAACCAAAUUAUGUGAGAGUAAAAUUUGAUCUUUUGAAGACGGUUUACAAUACCUCAAAUUCUGUGUACGCAUGUAAAAAUAGCACGGAAGAGUGCUCGUUACCGUUUAAAAUUUUUAGCAAAGAAAGAACGGUAUUAGAAUUGCCAUUAAGCGAUAAUGAUUCGCAAUGGAAUGAAGAGUAUGUUGGUGUGUCCAUUUGUGAGCCACGAACAACAAUUUAUACCAUUUGUAUUAUUAUGGUACCUUUGCUGAUCCUUUGUUUUGCCUUUCUCUAGAAAAAAUUGCAACAGUAUUUUUCUAUAUUUAUCUCUAUCGAUAUGAUUGACAAUAUCAAUUAACAAUAUUACAUCAAAUCUCUGUUUGAAAAAGAAAGGAUUAUUAUAAUAACAGUUUAGUGCUUUAUUAGAAGUUAUUGAAUCAAUAAUAAAAAAUACGGAUGAUAUUUUUACUUGUAAU